AUGCCUUCUGUAGGUGCUGCUCUCUGGCGCUCUCUACGGGCGCACCAGGUGUAUGGUGCCAACACCGAGGUUGGAAAGACCCUGGUGUCUACGGUCCUCUGUAACGCCGUGCGACGACUCCCCUCACCAGGAAAGGCAGCUUUCCUCAAGCCGGUGUCGACGGGGCCGUUGGAUGAUGCAGAUGAUAGACACAUUCAACGCCAUGCCCCCGGGACUCUGACUCGCUGUCUCUAUCAAUUCGACGAACCGGUCAGCCCGCACAUUGCAGCGAAGCAGAACAAUUUCACACCCCCCCGGGACGACGAUAUCGUCGCCUCAAUCCAUAAAACCCUCUCCGAGUGGGCAGGAAACGGCGUCGACUUCGCCCUCGUCGAGACCGCCGGCGGAGUCCACUCCCCUGGCCCUAAUGGCAACUCUCAGGCGGACCUCUACCGUCCGCUAAGGUUGCCAAUCGUGCUUGUUGCCGACUCCCGUCUCGGUGGCAUCUCCUCCUCCAUCUCCGCCUACGAGUCUCUGUUGCUACGAGGCUACGACGUCCACUCCGUCCUGCUGUUCCGCGACGACUACUACCAGAAUCACGAGUACCUGCGCCAUUAUUUCCAGGAUAAGAGCAUUCCGCUCCUUCCGCUUCCUGCGCCGCCGCCGCGUCCGCAAACACAGGACGUCGAUACCGCUGCCCGGGAUGAGGAAGCAAUGACCACCUACUACCGGCACGUCUCCCAAAGCACAGAUGUGGGGGGCCUCCUCGACCAAUUGGCCGCCAAAAACACGGAACGCAUUGAUCGACUGGAAGCAAUGGCGAGUCGCGCACAGCAGACCAUCUGGUAUCCGUUCACGCAGCAUCACGGCAUGCAACCCAAGGACAUCACGGCGAUCGAUUCGGCCUAUGACGACUACUUCCAGACCCUUGUUCCCACGGAUGACGCGCACGCCCCCAAGCUCCAGGCCACUUUUGACGGGUCGGCUUCCUGGUGGACGCAGGGACUGGGGCAUGGCAACCCCGCCCUGGCCCUGUCCGCCGCCUACGCGGCCGGCCGCUAUGGCCACGUCAUGUUCCCCGGAAAUAUCCACGAACCGGCCCUGUCGUUGGCCGAGAAGCUCCUCGAAGGGAUUGGCAACCCGCGACUACAGAAGAUCUUCUACACGGACAAUGGCAGUACGGGGAUGGAGGUAGCCGUCAAGAUGGGCCUGCGGGCAGCCUGUCAUCGGUACGGGUGGGACGCCAGCACGGAACAAAUCAGUAUCCUUGGCCUCAAGGGCAGCUAUCAUGGAGAUACCAUUGGGGUCAUGGACUGUUCGGAGCCGUCGACCUAUAACAAGAAGGUCGAGUGGUACCGAGGCCGCGGCUACUGGUUUGACUUUCCGCAGGUGCGCAUGUCUCAGGGCGUCUGGCGGGUUGACGUGCCUGAAAAUCUCCGGCCCCAUCUGGGGGCUGACCUCGACUUUCCUUCGCUGGGCGCCGUCUUCGAUGUGGAGCAACGCGUCCGCUCGGACGAGGGUAAGCGCUACAGAGAGUAUAUCCGGGCUACUAUUGCAGGUUUAGUCCAACAGGGAAUGAAGUUUGGGUCCCUUAUCAUGGAGCCUAUCAUCCUCGGUGCUGGGGGGAUGCUUUUCUGUGAUCCCCUCUUCCAGCGCUGCCUGGUGGACGUCGUUCGUCAUCACCCCGAACUCUUCGCGCCCAGUGCCCCACACCCUACCGAGGGUAACGCAUGGUCUGGACUCCCGGUUAUCCUCGACGAGGUCUUCACCGGCCUAUACCGUCUAGGUCGUAAAUCAUCUGCCUCGUUCCUAGGCGUGGACGCCGACAUCGCUGUCAACGCCAAGCUGCUCACCGGCGGGCUGGUCCCCCUGUGCACGACCGCAGCCAGCCAAGAGAUCUUCCGAGCCUUUGACAGCCCCGACAAGAGCGACGCCUUGCUCCAUGGUCACAGCUACACAGCCCACGCGGUGGGAUGCCAGGUCGCCGUAGAUUCCCUCAACACAAUGAUGAAGCUCGAACGCAACGGGUCGUGGGAUGAUUACCGACGCGACUGGGCAUCCUCCUCAACGCCCGACGUCUGGAGCGUCUGGUCGCACGAUCUCGUCCGGGACCUGUCCUGUGCGGAGUCAGUCAAUGGCGUGUUCGCCAUUGGUACAGUGCUCGUCGUUUCCCUGCAAGAUCUGCAUGGAGGUGGAGGGUACACAUCGACGGCAGCCAAGGGUCUCCAGCAGAGCCUGUCGGCAGACGGUCCGAAUUUCGCCGUCCAUUCGCGCGUGCUAGGCAAUGUGCUCUACCUCAUGUCCAGUGUGACUUCGCGGCCCACGGCACUUCGGGAGAUCGAGGGCCUGCUGCGGGCGGCGCUGCUAUAGCUCAGUCCAUCCGGAGUGAGUCACUGAGCUCCGGCCCUAAUUUAUUUUACCUUUUUCUCCACUGUUCCUUCUAGGUUGGAUUCGCCAGUGGGGUGGAAUGACGGAAGAUUUUCCUUCUUCGGGUUGGUACUAG